AUGUCUGAAAGAGAUGAGAAGAACCCACAAGAAGAAUCAUCAGCAACUACUACUACUACAUGGCCUGAUAUCGAAGAAGAACUCAUUAUACCCGAGGUUUUACAUAGCGAAGGCGUCAAGAAACUUCACAUGAGCAUUCAAAGCGAGUGGGAUUACCUUCAGAAAUCUGCUUGCCAAACAGCUGCAGGGAGAGCUCUGUGGAAACAUGUCAUUCAUGAUCCUCUUGCUCACUUGUUUGCCGGAGAGACACAUUUGAGAAACCUACACACAAAGAUCAAGAAUGACCUUCUCAACAAUGCAAGAGAAGUCUCCGGGGUGAUCCUAGCCGUCCGAACACUCUGGUUCGACACAAGGAUUCAAGCUGCUCUGGAUUCUUUCCAAACCGAUGCAACAACGCAGGUUGUUCUACUCGGUGCAGGAAUGGAUGCGAGAUCAUACAGACUAAACUGCUUGAACAAAAGUGACGUAUUCGAAGUUGAUUUUGCGGAUGUCUUGGAAGCCAAAACAAGCCUAGUUCAAGCUGCAGUAAAAUCAAGUGACGAGCUUAGGAUGAAGGCAAAAUCACUAGUCAGAGUAGCAAUUGAUAUCAGAGACAGUGAUUGGUUCGACAAGCUUAAGAAAUCGGGUUUUUUACCAGAGAUUAACACUGUAUGGGUUCUUGAAGGCAUUCUCUACUACCUGUCUCACACAGAGGCAAUGCAAGUACUGAAUCUCAUAGCUGACAAGUGUGCUCUCACUAGCACAGUUCUCUUGGCGGAUUUUAUGAACAAACCGUCUGCUACGCUUCCGAACUCUGUGUUCCACUUUUACAGUGACUGGCCUGAUCAGCUCUUACCAUCUUUGGGGUUCUCUCAAGUCAGCCUUUCACAGAUUGGUGAUCCAGAUGCAAAUUUCGGUCUGCUUCACGAUCCGCUGAAUCUCUUCAACAAACUUCUUCGCCUGCCAAGGUCUGCACAGAUCCACCCAGACGAUGGAACACCGUGCUGCCGCUUGUAUCUGGUCGAGGCUUUUGGUUCACCGCCUCAGAUACUACCGUAG